CCAAGCAGGAAUUUUCUUGUUUACAAAUGGCGGCUUUCGGCGUCUGCCUAGUGAUUUCACUUGUUCGAAGUUGUCACUGAAACGGUCAGUGUUUGGAAGUCUUCUCUAACUCUAAGGGGAGUUUAUAGCAAUUACUGGUAGAAGAAAGUGCUAAAUCAAGUCAAGACUGGGUUGGAGUCCUGGACUGUCCAAGAAAUUUGCCCUCAGCAAACAGGAGGAGUUGUCUAACAGACCUAGGUUCAACAGUGUGGUGGCGCGCUGCAAGUGAAAGUGGCGUGAUGUGAGUGACUGGUGGCAUGUAGAGUAGCGCGCUGUGAGUGACUGGUGGCGUGCUGCAAGGGACCAGUGGCAUGUAGAGUAGCGCGCUGUGAGUGACUGAUUAUGUGGUGGCGCUCUGCAAGUGAUUGGUGGCACAUGAUGGCAUGCUGCAAGUGACCGCCAGCAUAUGAUAGCACACUGUGAGUGACUGAUUACGUGGUGGCGCGCUGCAAGUGACCAGUGGCACUGUGUGGUGGCGUGCUGUGAGUGACCGGUGGCACAGUGUGGUGGCGAGCUGCAAGUUAUCUGUCACAGUAGUGUGGUGCUAGUGACUAGUGACCAAUUGCACUGCCAGAUAAACGGAACGGGGAGAAUGGACGAACAUGUGGAUAUGACGAGUGACUGGUCAUACUACGGACAGAUAAACAGAACAGGGGAGAAUGGAUGAACACGUGGAAAUACAAAUGACCGGUCAUGCGAUGGCGCUAAUCAAGUUAUCAAUGUGCGAGUACUUGCAAGUAUGAAUGAUAUUGUGCCUUCACAUUUAUCAAAUCUGUUUAUUCCAACUCGCAGUUUUAAGGUCAUCGGUUGUCUUAAGGAAAUUACUUUUAUCAUCUAUGAAACUUAAAACAAUGAGUGAAAGCGCAUAAUUUGUACCGUAUUUCAUGACCCCAAGAUCUGGAAUGCUUUGCCUUGUAGAUUAAGUAAGAGAGAUCAGUAAAUCUUUUUAUUCAAUCAACUGUCAGCUACAGUCUUUUCUGUUUUCAGAUUAAUGAGAUAUAUAGGUCUAUAUACAGAGAGAGAGAGAGAGAGAGAGAGAGAGAGAGAGAGAGAGAGAGAGAGAGAGAGAGA